AUCAAUCCCCUAAUCUUCAGCAUAAUCCUAAUAACUCUAAUGCUAGGAACUAUAGCCACUAUACUCAGCUCAAACUGACUACUAGCCUGGAUAGGCCUAGAAAUAAAUAUAUUAGCCAUAAUCCCUAUUCUAACCAUAAACUCCAACCCACGAUCCACGGAAGCAGCCACAAAGUAUUUCCUUGCCCAAUCCACUGCAUCCAUACUACUCAUAAUGGCUAUCUUAAUUAACUUUAUACUAUCAGGACAAUGAACAAUCACUAAACUGCCCAAUGUAGUAACCUCAAGCAUAGCCCUAGCAGCAUUAAUAAUGAAAUUAGGACUAGCUCCAUUCCACUUCUGAGUGCCUGAAGUUACCCAAGGAACCAGCCUAAUCUCAGGAGCAAUCCUGCUAACCUGACAAAAAUUAGCACCCCUGUCCAUCCUUUAUCAAAUCAUCCCCUCAAUCGACAUCAAUCUCCUCAUUAUCUCAGGAUUACUAUCAAUCCUAGUAGGAGGCUGAGGAGGUCUUAACCAAACCCAGCUACGUAAAAUCUUGGCCUACUCAUCAAUCGCUCACAUGGGCUGGAUACUCAUCAUUAUACCCUACAACCCUUCUCUCACCAUCCUGAACCUUGUAAUCUACAUCCUAAUAACGCUCUCCAUCUUCAUGAUCCUAAUAAACAAUUACUCUACCUCCACAUCUACCCUGUCCCUACUCUGGAAUAACACCCCAAUAAUAAUGAUCAUGCUCAUGAUCACCCUACUAUCACUAGGUGGCCUCCCACCACUAUCAGGAUUUAUGCCCAAAUGACUAAUCAUCUAUGAACUAACUAAAAACGACAACAUCAUCCUACCUGCAUCCAUAGCCAUAUUUGCUUUGCUUAAUCUAUACUUCUAUAUACGCCUAAUCUACUCCUCCUCACUCACUAUAUUCCCAUCAACAAACAACAUAAAAAUAAAAUGACAAUUUACCAACCCCAAAUACCUCACCCUCCUUUCUCCCCUGAUCAUUCUAUCGACCCUAAUUCUUCCACUCACCCCAACCCUCUCCAUUCUGGAAU